CCGGGCUGGGUCCCGCCGGGGGCUGGCAAAGCGUCCCGCCCGCCCGCUCGCCCUUCCUUCCUCCUCCUCCUCCGGCCGCCGCGCACUGUCCCGGGAGCCCGGCGAGGGCUUGUGCUGGCCGCCCGCUCCGCCCAGCACCGCGGGGCCUGAUCGCCGCCCCGCCGCUUCCCCGCCCGCACUCGGGACGGCCCCAGCCAUGUCCAAGCCGCCACCUAAACCGGCCAAGCCAGGGCAGGUUAAAGUGUUCAGGGCCCUGUAUACAUUUGAACCCAGAACGCCAGAUGAACUGUACUUUGAAGAAGGAGAUAUCAUUUACAUCUCGGACAUGAGUGAUACAAAUUGGUGGAAAGGAACUUGCAAAGGGAGAACUGGACUAAUUCCAAGCAACUAUGUGGCAGAGCAAGCUGAGUCUAUUGAUAACCCACUACAUGAAGCUGCCAAACGUGGCAACCUGAGCUGGUUGAGAGAGUGUUUGGAUAAUCGAGUUGGGGUCAAUGGCUUAGACAAAGCUGGAAACACAGCUCUGUACUGGGCAUGCCAUGGAGGCCACAAAGAUAUAGUGGAUGUUCUGUUUACCCAGGCAAACCUAGAGUUAAACCAACAGAACAAAUUGGGAGACACAGCUUUGCAUGCUGCUGCAUGGAAAGGUUAUGCAGAUAUUGUAGAGAUGCUGCUGGCAAAGGGGGCAAGAACAGAUCUGAAGAACAAUGAGAAGAAACUGGCUUUAGACAUGGCAACCAAUGCAGCUUGUGCUUCCCUGCUUAAGAAGAAACAGAGUGCAGGUACAGUCCGAACAUUAAGUAAUGCAGAGGAAUACCUCGACGAUGAAGACUCCGAUUAGCUUUUUUCAUUCAGCCUGAAGAACUAUAACUUGCGUUGCCUAUGUCAUUCCCAAAACAUGUCUUUACAACUGUAAAAAUAUCUUUCUUAGAAUAUUGCAGUCUUCCAAUAUAGCAUAUAAAUGAGAGGGUGAAAUCAUGCUUUCCAAAGGAAUAAUCUUCAUGUGUGCCAGAAGAUGCCACAUUAAAUCAGACUUCCUUUGGAAUUAUCUCACAGAGGAAGUGUGACAUACCCUUAUCAUUGAAUGGGCAGAGGACCAUCUUCUAAACUCACAGGUUUCAUCUCAAGCCUUCCCAGCAAGUGCCUUGCAUCUCUGGAAUAUGCUCCUCCAACUGAAAGGUCCCACUGGGACAGCAGGACACCAUUGCUAACAUUUCCCAAAAUCUCCGUGGAUAUAGGUUCCUUUGUGCAGAUUAGAUAAUGCUGGCAGAAUCAGUGCUGGCUGACAGGCAUGAAUGGAGAUGCUGUGGUAGAGACUGACUAUCUUUUGCCCACAUGGAGCCAGCAAGACAAGGUUUGAUUUUUUUUUUUUUUUAUUUUAUUUUUUUUUUGUAAAAUAUCCCCAUUCCACCACCCCAUUGCUUCCUGUGCUCCUUUAAGUAAGGGGUAGAAUGACAUGGGACAGUCUGCCCCUGGAUGCUUUGUCUUCUCUAUUGCUAUGGGCCCAAUCCCUGAAAUGUAAACUCAGGCAAAAUGCUUGCUUAAAUCAGUUUUGCUUGAGAAAUACACUUAAUUUUGGACUUCGUGACUUGAUUACUUUGCUUUUUGAAGUACCUUACGCUGAAACGAUUCAUAGUGAAAGGAAGACACAAUAUUUUUCUUUUUAUCCUGCCUAAAGUUUUUUUUACUGAUCUCUUGCUUUUAUUUUUUAACUGUUCUUAUAUUUUGUCCUAAAUUACCUCAAAGCUUAGCAUAUUUGAAGGAAUGAGGGAAGAUGUGUAUCGAAUAUACCGCAGGUAUCUUUAGAAGAGAUAUCUGAAGCUGAAUAAACAUUUUAAAAAUGUAUUGCUUCUUCCUGUGAAUUAAAGAGAACUACAAAAUAAAUUGAGCCAUUUUCAAGCUUCCCUGCAGAGUUAAGAAAUAAGUACUUCCUUCAGAUUGCUCAAAUAGCUGCAGUCAAAUAUUAUACCCUACUGAGGGAUACUUCCUUACUGUGAUGGUAAGAAAAUGUUACAAGUAUUUGACUUGUAAUCUCAUUUUCAAUUUUUGUUGCUAACUUCCCUAUUAUCAACUUCGACAGAUUCAGUCCAACAGCAGUCUGUGAUACUUUGGGAAAAAAAAAAAAGAAAAAGGGAAAAAAAAAAGCUCUUAUGGAAGAUUGGGGAUAAAUGAAAAGCUCUCGUGAAAGACUGGGGAUAAACUAAAAGCUCUUGUGAAAGAUUGGGGAUAAAUGAAAAUCACACUAAGUAUUUUAGAGAUUAAAAGAAGUGUAGAGCACUCUAACAUCCCACUUUUAAAAAAUAUAUUGAACCAGAUUUUUGUAUUUUUAUUAUCCUAGAAAGAACAAGAUACAGGUAAAGCUUGUUAAACGAGCACUUACCAAGGAACUCGAUGAUUGGUUGACCGGAGCAGUGUAAGAUGGAGGCAUUGCACAAAUAGUCAUCUGGAGAUAUAAUUCUAAACUAUUCAAGUGUUAAAACUAUAGAACAAAUGUUUUAGCCCUAUGAAAUACUGUGGUCAGUUGAACUGUGACAUUUUAUAUUGUGUGAACUUGAAGAUCCUAAAGGGGAGGAAAUAAAAACCAAAGCCACCAA